AUGGACAAACUGCACAAGGGAUGGUUUACCGAGUUUUCGCCCGAUGAUUUGGAACGAAUGAACAACGAAGGUAUUCUAAAACUUACAAAAAGCUAAAAAGCUCCAAUAUUUCAACUGAAAAAUCAAGUAAAUGAAAUACAAAUUAUGUAAAAUGAUAUCGAUUGAUUACACGCGGGACGCGGAUUUUUCGCGCAUGCAUUUUCGAGAGGGCGUGUGCGCCAAAGCUCUGCCCGACCGUAUGAAAAAAAAACGAUGUUUUCAAUAAAAUUGAUACAAAAAAUCAAUUUAUAGGUUCUGAAGAAUCCACAAAAUUGCUCAAAUCUGAUGGACAAGAAAUGGGAGGCGCAUGGCCUGGUCAGGCAUUCUCUCUGCAAGCCAAAAAAGUUCUAUUCCAUGAGAAAAGCAUAUUUCAAGACGUCUUAGUGUUUGAAAGGUUUAUUUGAAAAUUUUUCAUUUAAAAAUUCAUGUUAUUUUAGUACAACGUACGGAAAUGUCUUGGUACUUGAUGGGAUAAUUCAAGCGACAGAAAGAGACGAAUUCUCCUACCAGGAAAUGCUGGCUCACUUGCCGCUUUUCGCUCAUCCGAACCCAAAAAAAGUAUUUGUUUUUUGGAAAAAUAACAUUUUAAAUAUUUUUUUCAGGUUUUGAUUAUUGGAGGAGGUGAUGGCGGAAUCCUGCGCGAGGUUUUGAAGCACUCCGAGGUGGAAAAAGUGACAAUGUGCGAAAUUGAUCAAAUGGUCAUUGAUGUUUCCAAAAAGUAAGCUUAAUCUAUCAUUUUUUUGUUAUAUUCAAAUUAAGGUACCUUCCUGGAAUGUCGUGUGGCUUUUCUGACCCGAAACUCGAUCUAUACUGCGGCGACGGGUUCGAAUUUCUUAAAAAUCACAAGGUAAUUCGGAAAUUCUAGUUUAUUUUGCAAACUCGCUCUGUUGAGAACGAGUAUGACGUCAUCAUUACUGACUCUUCCGAUCCAGUGGGUCCAGCGGAAUCGCUGUUUGGCCAAUCGUACUACGAACUCUUGAGGGACUCCUUAAAUGAAACUGGAAUUCUUUCUUCACAAGGUAACUUGGAACCGCUCCGCUUUACGCGACGCGUUGCGGUUUGAGGCGAAUGUCCUUGGUUGGACGUUGUACUUAUUCGAAAAUUGGUCUCAACUGGAAGAGAGCUUUUCCCAACGGUACAGUACGCCCUUGGAAGUGUUCCAACCUACACAUCCGGAUUAAUGGGAUACCUAAUUUGCGCCAAAGAGAAGGUUUUGGGCAUGGAGAAGUUUGGUGCUGUGGAGUGGAGUUUCUGAGUUGGUUGCUGUGUGGAAAAAAAUUUAUCAAUGGAGCGCAAAAACUCUGUAAAAAAUGGUUGUUUUGGUGAAAGUGAUCGUUUUCUGCUUCCCGGAUUUUUACGACAAUUCGUAGUGACCUCUUUAGGGUUUUGAAAUUUUAGUGGACACUAUAGUGGUCACUAAGACGUGAAAUGAGGGUUCUUAGUGGCCACUUCAGUGUCCUGUCCAUGUAGUCUUUGAGGAGCCUCUUAAGGGACCACUAGAUAUUUUCACAGUCACUUGGUAACGUAAGCCUCUGAGCGUUUCUAGGGAUCACUUAAGGGUAGUGACGCCGCUAAAGUGAUCACUAAAAAUUCCCAGAAACGUCCGGUUUAUCGAGGCUCCACGAAAUUUAUCCAUAGGGCGCACUAACCCCAGAAUAAACGGCUCUUUCGCUUAUUUUUCCUCUUUUUGCAUGCUCAAGUUCAGGAGAGAGCGCCUGGCUGCACCUGAAGUUGAUCCAGCACCUGGUCCAGUUCAACCGUCGGAUCUUCCCGACCGUCGCCUACGCUCAGACGAUCGUCUCAACCUACCCAUCAGGAUGCAUGGGCUAUCUUGUGUGCUCUAAAUCGGUGAUAGUCUUAGUUUUCUUUGGUUUCCUUGAACUCCAGGUCAUGGUGAGAAAACUGAGCUGGUUGAAGCAUAGGACAAGGCUCAAGCCGUUUUGGGUCGGUUGCGACAAAGUUUGAUGUCUGAAACGACUAUAAAAAGCUCAACUGCCUUAUUUAAGCAUAGUAUAGAUCAGAAGUCGUUUUUGGUCGGGUGCAAUGAAAAAUGAGCCAUGAGUAUUUGGCCAAAGUAUACCGAAAGUCGUUUUGGGUCCGGCACAAAAAAUCGAACUUUCUUUUUCGUAAUAAAGCAUCAAAAAGCUCUGCAAGCUCAUUUUGAGGCAUAGAAAAUCGCGCAAGUCGUUUCCAGUCGGGUGCAUAAUUCCAACCGAGCCAUUCUCACUGCGGCCAUUGAACGGAAUAUAAAUUCGCCCUUGUUUGUCGUUCUUGACUCAAUUUCUCAAAAAAUGAAAGAAAUCACUAAAAUGAUCACUUCUAGAGCCGUGACGUCAGCGUUCCUGCGCGGGAAUUGACGGAUGAUGACGUUAGAGGAAUGAAAUUGAGAUUUUACAAUUCUCAAGUCCAUCGAGCCGCCUUUGUUCUUCCACAGUUCGUCAAAGCGGUCAGUUUCUCUUGGUGUAGUGGUAGAAAGCUGAAUCGACGCUUGGAAGGUCGAGGGUUCGGAUCCUCUGUCGGUUUUUGCCAUUUUUCUUAUGUAGAAAGAUUGGUGUAAAAAUUUGAAUAGAGCGAGAGCAGGGAAAAGUUGAAGAGACGCCAGAGAAAAAAAAAAUUAUGACUUCUCUGGCGUCUCUACAGGGGUUGUUAUCUAUCGCUUCGAAUCAUUCUCUCUAAAUUCUUCAGAGACUUAUUCAUGUAAAAAGAUAUCAGUGACCUCCUGAAGAGACGCAGAGAAAAAAAACUUUCUGACUUCUCUGGCGUCUCUCAAGGCGGAUGUUAUCUCUCGCUUCGAAUAAUUAUUUCAAAUUUUUGAGAGACUCAUUCAUUUUGAAGAUAUCAGUGAUAAACUUAAGAGACACCAAAGAAAAAAAAAUUUUCUGACUUCUCUGGCGUCUCUACAGGGGUUGUUAUCUCUCGCUUCAAUCAUUAUUUUAAAUUUUCGAGAGACUUAACGAUGUAAGGGGAUAUCAAUGAUGGGCUGAAGAGACGCCAGAGAAAAAAAAAACUAUCUGACUUCUCUGGCGUCUCUCAUAGCGGCUGUACUAUUUUCUUUCACCAGUCGGAUACCCCGUUUUUUUUUACAAUUGAUUAAAAAAAAUGAAUUUUUCAAUUUCAGGCCCUCGAGGAAGCUUGA